GUUCGUUGUAAGAGAAAGAGAAUAAAUCUGAACUGGAAUAAAUCAGAGUAACACCAAGACCCUCCCAAACUGGGUGAGUCCCGGCCGGCCCAAACCCAGACGGGGGCUCCGAGGGGGAGGGCGGUCGCAGUGGCGUGACAGUCCUGCGCUUCGACUUUUUCCACUUUUUCAUUCCGGGUAAAAAAGAAAAAAAAGAAAAAAGGGGGAUUCGUAAACUUAUUAUUUCCACAUCGGGGCGCUGAGAGGUGAUGCUGGGCGUGGCAGAAAUGACGGGCAGCAGCAUGGCGAACGCCCUGGCCACCGCGGCCUGCGAGCGCUGCAAGAGCGGCUUCGCCCCGGCGGAGAAGAUCGUCAAUAGCAACGGCGAGCUGUACCACGAGCAGUGCUUCGUCUGCGCCCAGUGCUUCCAGCAGUUCCCAGAGGGACUCUUUUAUGAGUUUGAAGGCAGGAAGUACUGCGAGCACGACUUCCAGAUGCUCUUUGCUCCUUGCUGCCACCAGUGUGGGGAGUUCAUCAUUGGUCGUGUGAUUAAGGCUAUGAACAACAGCUGGCAUCCCGACUGCUUCUGUUGUAACAUUUGCCAGGCUGUUCUUGCUGAUGUGGGGUUUGUUAAGAAUGCUGGCAGGCACCUUUGCCGCCCAUGCCAUAACCGCGAGAAGGCUCGUGGCCUGGGAAAGUACAUCUGCCAGAAGUGCCACGCCAUCAUUGAAGAGCAGCCGCUCAUCUUCAAAAAUGACCCCUACCACCCUGACCAUUUCAACUGCAACAACUGUGGCAAGGAGCUGACAUCUGAUGCAAGGGAGCUGAAGGGCGAGCUCUACUGUUUGCCCUGCCAUGACAAGAUGGGUGUCCCGAUCUGUGGUGCUUGCAGGAGACCCAUUGAGGGGCGCGUCGUCAAUGCCAUGGGCAAGCAGUGGCAUGUGGAGCAUUUUGUCUGUGCUAAGUGCGAGAAGCCUUUCCUGGGUCACCGCCAUUACGAGAGGAAGGGGCUGGCUUACUGUGAGACUCACUAUAACCAGCUCUUUGGUGAUGUGUGCUAUCACUGCAACCGUGUGAUUGAGGGUGACGUGGUGUCAGCUCUGAAUAAGGCCUGGUGUGUCAGUUGCUUCUCUUGUUCCACCUGCAACACAAAACUCACCCUCAAAGAUAAGUUUGUGGAAAUUGACCUGAAACCAGUGUGUAGGCACUGCUAUGAGCACAUGCCCGAGGAGCUGAAACGCCGCCUGGCCCGACGUGAACGGGACGCCAAAGAUCGCAAGAAAAAACCCACUAUCUGUCUGAACAAGUUUGUGGAGUUCGACAUGAAGCCCGUGUGUAAAAAAUGCUAUGAGAAGUUUCCCCUGGAGCUGAAGAAGAGACUAAAGAAGCUGGCCGAGUCACUUGGACGCAAGUAAGCUUCAGCAGACCGGCCGGAGGUAUUCGUAGUAUCGGCUCGAUGCUAAAUACUUUAUCAGGAAUGACUAAACCUUUCUAAGACGUGUUCAUUGUUUUACCACUGUGUCUUGUUUUGGCUGUUUAACACCAGAACGACCGGGGCCGUCAUUGUGACGGUUUUGGAUUUUCAAAGUUUAAUAACUUUGUGGAAAAAAAAAAGGUACAGACCUGCCGCAACAUGAAUGCUACUAAAAUUGCAUAUAUUUGCAUUAAAAUUAGUUUCAGAUCAAUUGCAUAAAAAAAAAUUAGUUAAGAUCUACCUAAAACGUCCAAGAGCGGUCAAAAUGAUUGCUCGCAAUUUGCGCGUGAUCGUGCGCGUCAUGUCACUAUUUACGACGUGUGUUGGUCGCAUCAUUUCCUUCGCAACGUUCAGUUCUCUGUCCUGGAAACACACUAGCAUCCUCCAGUACAGAGUGAGAGUCUACACUUGAUUUUUGAUUAUUUCCAACAUGUCUGGGUGCAGCCGCCGUUUCAGACGCACCAUGAUUACCACCGCGGCGUUGCAGUAUUUACAGGCGUUGGACAGCGGCCGUUUUAAAUUGUUUGAAAAAUAGUACUAAACUUGCCAAAAUGUUAAUUUUGGUGUCAGUCGUUUCUUAACAGACAUACUAACAUAUGUAAUGCAUUAAUAUCUCAAUUGGGUAUUUAUCUUGACAACCCUGAUCUUGACAAACCGUGGCGGUAAUUUUGAUGGCCCAUGGUCAUUCUAGUAGUUUUUAAAGUUCCGGUCGUUGUUUGGGAUGGUGUCAAUUGUUAUUUUCAGUUUUACAGUUCACGUUUUAUAGGCCUUGUUACGUUUGUUACAUUAGCAAUAUGUGUUUUCCGUUUUGUUUUUCAGGUAAUAUUUUAACUUUUUAAAUUUUGCUAUUCAAGUUCAGCCAUGUCUCUCUGAAGUUUAAAUAGUUUAAAAAGAGUAUUAUAGUUGAUAAAAUUUUAAUUUUGGUGUCAGUCAUUUCCUAACAGACAUACUAACAUAUGCAACGCAUUAAUAUCUCAAUUGGUAUUUAUCUUAACAGAAUAUAGAGUUUAAAACCCGGCGGUCAUUUUGACUGCCCAUGGUCGUUUCAGGUAGGAGUGAAAUCCCGGUCGUUCCAGUGUUAAAUCGUUGUUACCUUUCUUUUCUUUUCUUUUUUUUUUUUUUUUGAAUGUCGCUUAUAGUUGUCAAGUUGCAAAGUUAGGGCUGAGCGAUAUGGACAAAAUCAAAUGUCACGAUAUAUUUUUGACCAAAUACCUCGAUAUUAAUAUUUUGACAAUGUUGUAGAAAUGACUAUUGGUGCUCUCAAAAUAUUUACACGAUGGCAUUUAAACUCUCAUUAGUAAUGUGGAUAUGAUGUCCAAACAGGUAGAGACGAAUAAUAUAACAGCUAGAACGGCCUAAUAAGUUCAGGAAAUCGCAUCUCUUUAUUCUAAUGCAGCAUUUCAAACCAGGAACAGACAACGCUUGUGUCAUGUCAUGAUGAGGUUAUGUAGUCUUACAUCAGUAUAUCGAUAUAAUGUCGAUAUAUUGCCCAGCCCUAUUGCAAAGCUUAUAUGAUACCGAUUCUUGGCAAAGUGCUAAGUAUUGACAAUGCAUACAGAGACGAUACUGCUAACUUAACUACAAGGCCUCUAUUUUGGAUGCCGUUCUUAAUCACAGUUUUCCUUCCUUAAUAUGCAUGUGUCACCUAAUUACUAUUAUUUUAUUUUGUUGAGGGCAAUAUAACAUUAAUUCUAAUGAGAUGCUGGUAUAUUCCUUAAUGUCUUUUAUUUUUAAAGCCCAAGUAUCUGAACUGGUCUUGGUUGCCAAAAGCGGGACGCUCCUGUUUUCAAAUUUUUGUGUAUUGUAUUGACGGCAGACAGUUUAACUGGUAUUUCUGACAUGAUGUGUAGCCACUUGGUUUGUAAGAGACGAUGCAAUGCCUGGAGUACUUUUUUUGUGUGUUUUAAAUGGCUUUUGUCAUGUGCCUUGAAUAUUAUAUAUAUAUAUAUAUAUA